UUAGUAAUACACUUGCAACUGAUCAAGAGAGAGAGAGAGAAAGAAAGGGAGGAGAGAGAGAUGGAAGAGGAAACUUAAAUUGGGGUUGCAGAUGCAGAGGUUAAUGCUUUGGCCAUGGCGGCGUUGCAGAGCAGAGGCAGAGCUGCUGCUGCUGCUGCUUCUUCUGUAAUUCUAUUGUAUUAUGCCUUUAAUGCUGGCGACGCUGCUUAAGGAGUCGAAGUCCAUCUCCCGACGUGUGCCGUCCCAACAUAAACAAAAGUCGCAAUAAAACCUUCCUAACCCACAUCCGCAAUAAGCAACAACCACUGCUCCUCACCCCCCCCCCCCCCCCCUUUCCUUUUUCCAUAAAGCGAGUUAGGGGAAGAGAGAGAGAGAGAGAGGGUCUGUGGAGAGACAAAUGCGCACACGCGCAAGAAUAGAAGAAAGAAUAAAUUGAAGAGGGAAACCAAAAAAAAAAAAACAAACCUACCCACUUUAAUUUUCCCGGUCCCCAAGCAGUAAAUCGGGAGAAGCAGUGAAUCGGAGUCGAUGGAAGAUUGAGAAUAGGAGCGACAUCGUAUCGGGGCAUAGAAUUCAAGAUAGAGGCCAGAGGGAGUAAGGUUUUCUGCUAUGGAUUUUCAUUGCCUCCGGCAAUUGAGGGUUGUUGGGUCAGGUCUGAAUCCGGAACAAUGUCAGGGUUCUUCUCACUAGGUGCGGGUGCAAGAGGAGCGAGCCAAGAGCCGCAGCCCAACCCCCCACCCACCGAAAUCUCUCCCGAAACUUGGUUCUUUUACAAGAAUGAUUCUGAAAUUUCCUACAAGGGCCUCGAGCUAUGGCAGCAGCAGCAGCAACAGCAACCGCCGGAACAUCACCAGUACAUGCCCCAGCAGCGCCACGAUCUCUACUCCUCCGCGGCUGGCCUAGGCGUGGGGCCGAGCCGCAGCGCCAUCGACGUCUCCGAUGAGCCGUCGAGGGCUGCGGCGUUCGCGGUGAUGAGGCACGGGGCCGGAGGCGGCGCGGGCGGAGGAGGAGUUAGCUGCCAGGACUGCGGGAACCAGGCGAAGAAAGACUGCCCUCACCUGCGGUGCAGGACGUGCUGCAAGAGCCGGGGGUUUCAGUGCGCCACGCAUGUUAAGAGCACUUGGGUUCCCGCGGCUAAAAGGCGGGAGCGGCAGCAGCAGUUGGCUGCGGCUCAGCAGCAGCAGCAUCACCAUCAUCACCAAGAACACAGAGAGAAUCCCAAAAGGCAGAGAGAGAAUCCCGCCUCUUCCGCGCUCGCCUGCGCUCUUCUGCCCACCGCCUCUGGGUUGGAGAUGGGGAAUUUUCCGGCUGAAGUCAACUCUCCCGCGAUUUUCCGGUGCGUUCGGGUGAGUCCAGUGGAGGAAAACGACGAGCAGUACGCGUAUCAGACUGCUGUGAACAUCGGAGGCCAUGUGUUCAAGGGUAUUCUGUACGAUCAAGGGCCCGAAGCUAACUACAGCGCCGGUGAGAGCCCCUCCGGCGGCAGCGGAGUCCAACAGCUCAAUCUCAUAACUGCUGCCGUCACUUCUCCCCCCUCCACGGUGGCCGCCACCACCGGGGUCGGCACCUGUACUGGCGGACCUGCGUCAUCGGCCGCAGCCGCCUUUCUCGAUCCAUCUCUUUACCCGGUACCCCUCAACGCUUUUAUGGCUGGUACGCAAUUCUUCCCACACCCAAGAUCUUAAAAGGAUAUCGAUGAAUCACUCGUCAAUCAUGAAUGCUGAAUCAUCACCACCAUAUUACAUUUUCAUCUGAUCGAUCUCCAUAGUUUAAAACAGUACAUCUUUCUCUCAUUCUCUCUAUCUCUCUCUCUCUCUCAUGUCCAGCGCUAGCUCCCUCUUUAUAUGCAAUGCUAAAUGAUGAUGAUCGAUCGAUGUUGUUCUAUAAAAAAAAAUUAUUAAGGGCACGAGAGAGGGAAUUGAAACCGGAUGAUGUUUGUUUUUGUUCACAUUUCAAUGUUUAGUUAAUAUUUAAUUCUUC